GAUCUGGAAUUUUCCAUUCCUUUCGGAACGCUGUGAUAGGUUGAACACUGAGAGCACAACCAAUGGGAAGCCUGGUGGUGAUGCGUGUAUAUCUGGUGUAUAUCAUCACAUUCUAUCUAUUCACUGACCAUUUGUUCUAGGAAAUCUCGCAGUUGCAUAACCUUCGAAACCGUUGUGCAUCAAUUGUAAGAAAGUCGCUAGCCAUACGAACAAAAUAAUUCCUUUAAAUCUGUAUUCGCUGAACUUAUUGACGACUGAAUUGUACGAAUGGCAGUAAAAAGCAACUCCUUUCAGGAAAAAUUCGAGCUGACCCAAAAAACGGAGAAAAUAUCUUCGGUGGCAGAUCCCAUCAACGCACGGGAGGGCGCGCCAUUUACAGAGAACACCGCCGGCGCGUUUCCCCAUGAGAUAAUGGAUGAAAAAAUUAAAGAUGCUGAGAGGCGUUGGGCGGGGGAGGGGACUGGAUCACAGAACCCACCGCUGCGGCGAGCGGGGGGAUGGCUGCUGGAGGAGCGGGACGGGUCCUCCGCCUCGGACCGAGACUGCCGCUCCAGGUCCGUCUCCACGACGACCCGUUCCCGCUCCCGCUCCAGCUCAAGCUCCGUCAGCAGCGGGAGCAGCUACAGCUCGGGUCGCCAUGGCGACCGGAGGAGGAACCGCAGGAGGUCGUACUACCACAGCAGCAGCAGCUCCCGGUCGCGCUCCCGGUCGCGAUCGCGAUCGAGGCCCCGCCCUCGCUGCCACCGGGCCCCCGCCCGCUCCCGCUGUUGCCGGGGGCGACGCAGGUCCCCGCCCCGCCGCUACAGGGCCCGCUCGCGCUCCUACAGCCCCUCCUACUCGCCCGUCCGGCGACACCGGCUCAGGAGCCCGCCCCGAUCCCGGUCUCGAUCCCGGUCCCGGUCCCAGUCCAGAGGGCGCAGGGUGUAUGGCUUCGUGGGCAGGAGCAGGUUCAGGCUGACCUUCUCCCCCGAAAGGCGGUCCCGAACCCGCAGUCGCUCCAGAUCCCGGUCGCCAGACAGGACCAGCAUCCGCCUGAGUCUGCAAGAAAAGAGGCAGCUUCUCCUCAUCGCCAGAGAAAACGCAGCCAGGGCCCUGGGGGUGGAGGAGGUGGCUCUGCCGGCGAGCGUCAACGCGGUGCUGGAGGUCCGGGAGGAGCCCGCGCUCGGGGAUCGGGUGAGACCGGGGGGCUCCGCCCUCAACAGCCUGAGGGAGACGUUUGCUCUCUCACCCCCAAGGUGCACAGUCACGGACGUAAUGCCUGCAAGGAUCACAUGACAGUGGCCAUCACCUCAUGAGGCCUGUCCAGGGAGAAUGAGGUGGCAGCCUGUGUGGCUGUGCGUGACAUCAUGGGUUUGUGGGUUGCGUUUACUGAGCAGUGAUUGGUCUGAUCGUGACUGCAUAGCGACGGCACGCGAAUGACGUAUGAACACUCAUUUUAAGAAAAAGAAACCCUUCAUCUGCCUAUAGGUUCACUUGCAUUUGUGCCCUUGGUCAAUCAGCCAAAUUAAAGAUAAAGAAGGCUUGAGCUAAUUCCACCCAUGGUAACACAUUUGCUUCUAUCAUUACCUGAACUGAGCUGUAAUGUAUAGUGUUGCUGUACCUGUACAUAUGAGUGUGUGUGUGUGUUCACACGUGUGUGUGUGUGUGUGUGUGUAGGGGUCGGGGGGGGAGGGGGGGAGGGGUUCACAUCUGCGUUGUCCCUCAGCAGAAGCUUUCCGUCGGCAAGCUGAAGAAAUUGUGUUCAGACUGCGUUUUAGUGACUAUUCCCAAUGAAGAAACCCAGCUCCUGUGCGCUUCAGAUAAGUCUGUGUAAAUUUGUCUGGAAAAAAGGGCUUUAACCUUCUAUCCAGACAGACCGGUGCCUUUUUGCUUUUGGUUCGUAUGAAAUUAGAUUAUCAUUUUUAUUUUUUCAUGUUUUGGUUCUACCAUUCAGAGCGUUAUGCGGUAGGUCUCUGAACAUUUUUGUGUCGGCGAGGAUGUUGAUCAGGUGUGCUGUGAAUCAGGCUCCCAUUGGCCGUUGGGAGACGGUUGCCGAGGUUUCCACAUUUAUGGAAGAUCUAGAAGAACAAACACUACCUUAUAAAGCCUGUUUUUUUUUUUUUUUGCAUAACAAAAUAUUUCAGCUGGCUUACUUUGUUAUGAAGCAGAAUAUGUGUGUUUGUGAGAGCCAGCAAGUAUUUGCUUGUGAGUUAACCUGGUGAAAAUGAUCAAAAAGGAAAAAUGUGAAGUCCGUAUGACAUCUUGACAGCUUUGAGGUGUAAUUGAAUGCAUCAGCUCUCUGGUGUGUGUGCGUGUUGCCUUCUCUAAUCCGUUAUAAUCAUAAUUUAUCAGCCAGUGCCGAGUUUUAAGAUGUACGAGCAGCAGAAACAGACAGAAGCUUAAUGUUAUGGUGCAGCCUCCUCUCAACAUGGCCAUGGAUCUGAUGCACCUUUAAAAGUGGGGGUGUAGGCAGCCUUGUGAACGUGCGUGAGGUCACUUCCUGUCCCGGUCUGAAUCUGUGUCCGUCUCUGUCUCUGUUCUCUCUGCAGAAUUACGAGCAGGCUGACGCAGAGCAGGAGGUGGCCUGCCCCAAAAUGUCC